UUGGUUAGAUAAAAAUUAAACUCUGUUUUUAUUUCUUUUUUCCUCUCUCUCUCUCUCUAAAUCUUUUUAUCGAACGAUUAAUUCUAAAAUCGCCUCGUCAUCUUCCCUCUAAAUCGUGACGGCGGUAACAUCAAAAUCACCGUUCGGCGUAUCUCACUCACCACCGAUUCAUUACCUCGAUUCUGAAUUUUUGUUGAAUAUACAACGCAGAACAUCUUAAAACGGCAUCGUUUGUGUUUUUUGUUGUUGUUUUAUAAGAUACACAAAUUUAUCAGCCGGCGAUUAACUUAAUCGGCGAUUUGAGAGGUGCGCACGAUUAUUAACCUGCGCACUUUUGGUUUUGAUAAGACUUUUGACCUAAAUUAGCCGAUACUGUCACUUUUUAUUCUCACCGUUAAUUUAAGGUUCUUGUAUUUGUGCUUUAGGGUUUUUGAAUUGGAGUUUUGUAGAGCUAACGUGUUCGUCAGCAAGUAGCGGGCUAUUAGAGAGAAUUGUUGGGAGACUGAAAGAACGCAUAUUUAGUAUUAGGAGGAGCAGAAGUUUUAUUUUUUGCAGAACUCCAUGUGAGAGGAUGGCCUUUUUUAGGAAUUAUUCAAUCCAAACUGUUUCUCAGAGUGUUUUAGAAGAAAAAGAUCAGGGGCCGGAAGUUGGUAGAAUGGUUGAGAAUGAAGAUAUAGAACUGACAGCAAGUGAAAGAGUGUUUGACAUGAAUGUUGAUGCACGAUAUGAAAGUGAAGGAGAGGAUGUUGGUAGAAUGCAAGAUGGUGCAGCUCCUGAUAAUGCAGUUAGCGUAAGCACUUCAAACUUGCAGCCUUCUGGAAGGAAAAAUGCUGCAGGAAAAUGGGGUGCCAGUUUCUGGAAGGACUGCCAACCUCUGGGUGCUCAAGGGGCAUCUGAUUCUGCGCAUGAUUCGAGAUCAGACUACAAAAAUGCAGAGGGAUUAGAAGAUGAUGAAUCGGAUGGAAGGGAUAAUAUAUUAGAAUCAGAAGAUGAAGAAGGACAAAAAGAUCAUGGUCAGGGUCAAAAAGGCCAGUCAGAUGUCCCUGCUGAUGAAAUGUUGUCCGAUGAAUACUAUGAGCAGGAUGGGGAAGACCAAAGCGACUCAAUGCAUCAUAGAGGAUUCGAACAUUCUGCUGGAUUGAAUUCUAGGGGCCACUCGAAACCUGCACGUGAUAGCAACAAUAUCUCUAGGAGUUCAAGAGCUUCACACAACCUUGAAGAUUAUGACGACGGCAAUAAUGGCAAUGGAGAUGUUAAUUAUGAGGAAGAGGAUGAGGAAGAUGAAGAUGAUCCUGAUGAUGCAGAUUUUGAUCCUGAUUAUGGUGUUGGAAGUGCCCAAGCAGUGCAUAAGGAUAAAGACUGGGAUGGUGAAGAUUCAAAAGAAGAAGAUGAUGUUGAUGAGGAUAUAGAUACAUCAGAUGAAGAUGACUCUUUCUACACGAAUAAGCCCAAGAGUAGGCUACAAGGUAAAGGUGGACGGAUUGCAAAAUCUAAUAAAGAAAGAAAGGCAUUACCCGCUGCUUAUCGACAAAAAAGAGGAAAACCAGUAUUUGAGGAGGAUGAAUACUCAGCAGAUGACACUGGCGGUGACAGUGAUGAGGAUUUUAAAAGCAUGACAAGGCGGGGAGCACAUAUCCGCAAAUCUAUUGCUCGAUCAACUAUGUCAACAAAUAUCAAUGGAAGAGAUAACGAGGUUCGCACUUCUAGUAGGUCAGUUCGAAAGGUAUCAUAUGUUGAAAGUGAAGAAAGUGAAGACAAUGAUGAAGAAAAAAAGAGAACGUCUCAUAAGGGAGAAGUUGAAGAGGAAGAUGGUGAUUCUAUUGAAAGAGUGCUGUGGCAUCAGCCAAAAGGCAUGGCAGAAGAGGCACUUACGAACAACCGAUCAACUGAGCCUGUUCUGUUAAGCCACCUGUAUGAUUCUGAACCAGAUUGGCAUGAAAUGGAGUUCUUAAUCAAAUGGAAAGGCCAGUCACAUUUGCACUGUCUGUGGAAGCCUCUUAUAGAACUACAAAAUCUGAGCGGUUUUAAGAAGGUAUUGAACUAUAUGAAAAAAGUAAAUGAAGAUGUGAAGUAUCGAAGAAUGCUUACACGUGAAGAGAUUGAGGUCAAUGAUGUCAGUAAGGAAAUGGAUUUGGAUCUAAUCAAGCAAAAUAGCCAGGUGGAGAGAAUCAUUACUGAUCGAAUAACUAACGAUAACUCUGGCAACGUUGUUCCAGAGUAUUUAGUCAAGUGGCAAGGAUUAUCUUAUGCUGAAGCAACUUGGGAAAAGGAUUUAGAUAUAGACUUUGCACAAGAUGUAAUUGACGAAUUUAAGGCACGUGAGGCUGCAAUUGCUGUACAAGGGAAGAUGGUUGAUGUCCAGCGUAAGAAAAGCAAAGCGAGUUUGAGGAAGCUUGACGAACAGCCUGAGUGGCUGAGAGGAGGAAAGCUUCGUGAUUAUCAGCUCGAGGGUUUAAAUUUUCUUGUUAACAGUUGGAGAAAUGAUACAAAUGUCAUUUUAGCUGAUGAGAUGGGUCUUGGAAAAACAGUUCAGUCAGUUUCUAUGCUCGGAUUCUUACAGAAUGCACAGCAAAUCCCAGGGCCUUAUCUUGUUGUCGUACCAUUAUCCACUUUGUCUAACUGGGCUAAAGAAUUUAGAAAGUGGCUUCCUGAUAUGAAUAUUAUUGUAUAUGUUGGCACCCGUGCUAGCCGAGAGGUUUGCCAGCAAUAUGAAUUUUAUAAUGACAAGAAAGUUGGUCGGCCUAUAAAAUUCAAUGCACUAUUGACUACAUAUGAGGUUGUUCUGAAGGAUAAAGCAGUUCUGUCCAAGAUCAAGUGGAAUUAUCUAAUGGUUGAUGAGGCUCAUAGGUUGAAAAAUAGUGAGGCACAGUUGUAUACGGCUCUCUUGGAAUUUAGCACCAAGAACAAGUUGUUAAUUACUGGAACUCCAUUGCAGAACAGUGUGGAAGAAUUAUGGGCUCUGCUUCACUUCCUAGAUUCUGAUAAGUUCAAGAGCAAAGAUGAUUUUGUGCAGAACUACAAGAACCUUAGCUCAUUCAAUGAAAUGGAGCUUGCUAAUCUGCACAUGGAAUUAAGGCCUCACAUUCUCAGAAGAGUUAUUAAGGAUGUAGAGAAAUCCUUGCCUCCGAAGAUUGAACGUAUUUUGAGGGUUGAGAUGUCCCCACUUCAAAAACAGUACUAUAAAUGGAUUUUGGAACGCAACUUUCACGACCUUAACAAAGGUGUUCGUGGGAACCAGGUUUCACUUUUGAAUAUAGUGGUAGAAUUGAAGAAGUGUUGCAAUCAUCCAUUUCUAUUUGAAAGUGCUGAUCAUGGUUAUGGAGGGGAUUCUGGUAUCAAUGAUAGCAGCAAGUUGGAAAGAAUUAUCUUGAGCAGUGGAAAGCUGGUUAUACUUGACAAGUUACUUGUUAGGUUGCAUGAGACAAAGCACCGCGUUCUGAUCUUUUCCCAGAUGGUUAGAAUGUUGGAUAUACUAUCAAAAUACAUGUCCUUUAGGGGUUUCCAAUUUCAAAGGCUGGAUGGUAGUACAAAGGCUGAGUUGCGUCAGCAGGCAAUGGAACAUUUUAAUGCACCUGGUAGUGAUGAUUUCUGCUUUCUUCUUUCAACGCGAGCUGGGGGCCUCGGUAUCAAUCUUGCCACAGCUGAUACGGUUAUUAUAUUUGAUUCAGACUGGAAUCCCCAAAAUGACUUACAGGCUAUGAGUAGAGCUCAUAGGAUUGGGCAACAAGAUGUCGUUAACAUAUAUAGGUUUGUCACUAGCAAAAGCGUUGAGGAAGAUAUCCUGGAGCGAGCUAAGAAAAAGAUGGUUCUUGACCAUUUGGUGAUCCAAAAGCUAAAUGCGGAGGGUAGACUUGAGAAGAAAGAAACAAAAAAAGGAAGUUACUUUGACAAAAAUGAACUUUCUGCAAUUCUAAGGUUUGGUGCGGAGGAGCUAUUUAAAGAGGACAAAAAUGAAGAAGAAAGCAAGAAGCGACUAUUAAGCAUGGAUAUUGAUGAAAUUCUUGAAAGAGCAGAGAAAGUAGAAGAGAAGGAAGCCGUAGGAGAGGAAGGGCAUGAAUUGUUGAGCGCUUUUAAGGUUGCCAAUUUUGGUAGUGCAGAAGAUGACGGGAGUUUUUGGAGUCGUUGGAUAAAACCAGAAGCUAUUGGCCAAGCUGAAGAAGCAUUGGUUCCUCGUUCUGCUAGAAACAACAAGAGUUAUGCUGAGGCUGACCAAUUUGAUAGAAGUAACAAAAGGAAAAAGAAAAGUUCGGAGCCUAUGGAGCCACAGGAGCGAGUUCUGAAACGUCGCAAAGCAGAUUAUUCAACUCCUUCAGUCCCAAUGAUUGAAGGCGCAUCUGCCCAAGUGAGAGAUUGGUCUCAAGGGAAUCUCUCUAAAAGAGAUGCUACACGUUUUUCUCGGGCGGUAAUGAAAUUUGGAAAUGCAAUCCAAAUAGAUCUAAUUGUUGCAGAGGUUGGUGGAUCAGUGGAAGCGGCUCCACCUGAUGCACAGAUUGAGCUUUUUGAUGCUUUAGUAGACGGCUGCAAAGAAGCAGUGGAUAUAGAAACUUUGGAUCCAAAGGGUCCGUUGUUAGACUUUUUUGGUGUCCCUGUGAAGGCAAAGGAUCUACUAAACCGCGUCGAAGAACUUCAGCUGUUAGGGAAGAGAAUUAACCGUUAUGAAAACCCAAUUGCACAAUUUCGAGUAUUGACCUAUCUUAAACCUGCUAACUGGUCCAAGGGCUGUGGUUGGAAUCAGAUUGAUGAUGCAAGACUGCUUUUGGGAAUACAUUAUUAUGGAUUUGGGAGUUGGGAAAAGAUACGAUUAGAUGAAAGGCUCGGCCUUUCUAAAAAGAUUGCUCCAGUGGAGCUACAGCACCAUGAGACUUUUCUACCACGUGCACCUAAUUUGAGGGACCGCGCUAAUGCACUUCUGGAAAUGGAACUUGCUGCUGGCGGUGGGAAGAUUGCAAAUGCUAAAGUGGGUCGUAAGAACUCCAAGAAGCAGAAGGAAAAUGCUCUCAAUAUCUCAUUAGCUCGCAGUAGGGUCAAGAAAGGAAAAGCUGGUUCUACUUUGCUCACAGUUCAAAUGGGCAAGAAUCGACCACAGAAACCUCAGAAAGCUGAACAGCUGGUGAAAGAAGAGGGUGAAAUGUCGGACAAUGAAGAGUUGUGCGAGCAGUUUAAGGAAGUGAAGUGGAGGGAAUGGUGUGAAGAAGUCAUGGUUGAUGAGACUAAAACCCUCAGACGUCUUCAGAAGCUGCAGACUACCAGUGCCGACCUGCCAAAAGACAAGGUGCUUUCGAAAAUCCGGAAUUAUUUGCAGCUUAUUGGGCGGAGGAUAGACCAAAUUGUCUUUGAAUAUGAAGAAGAGAUUUACAGACGAGAUAGGACUACCGUGCGAUUAUGGAAUUAUGUCUCAACCUUUUCGAAUUUAUCUGGAGAAAGACUUCGUCAGAUUUAUUCCAAACUUAAGCAGGAGCAUGAGGAGGCAGGUGUUGGUCCUUCUUCCCACAUUAAUGGCUCUUUAUCUGGUGGCGAUUCCAGUUGUUUUCCUCUUUCACAGCAUGUUCAAAGAGGGUAUCAAAAUGCAAAUGCCUUUCAGUUAUCUGAACCAAUUCAGAAAGGUCAUGAUAAUGUGAAAUUUGAAGCAUGGAAGCGUCGGAGACGAGCUGAAGCUGAUAUGCAAUCCCAAGUUCAGCCUCCCUUGCAAAGACCAAUUGGUAAUGGUGUUCUUGCAACUGAUCCUAGCUCAUUAGGCAUUCUUGGGGCCGCACCAUCUGAUAAUAGGCAAUUUCUUCGGACGCGUAAAUCUGGUUUUCCUCCAAAACAAAAUUUCCAAUCAGGUAUAAAGUAGUAGUAUUUAAUGAAGGAGAUCAGCUGAUUUAAACUGAUUCUGGCGGCGUUCCCCUAGUCACCUGAUUGAGUCAGCCAUUCGAGACUAUUGUAUUCUUUUUCAACAACAAAAUAAAAGCUUUUGGAUUCCUCUCUAUGGCCGAUCAGAAGCUUUUCCGUUAGGUGGGGGAGUUCAUCAGUUCACAUCUCCAUGCAAAAAGCGGCUUGAGGAGAAGGCCAAACUCAAUUAACAUGAGCAAGAUGCAUGUAUCUUGCAACAAUUUUUUGUCUGUUAGGAAGCUAGUCCAGUAAUUUGUUUACGUAUAUAGCGAAGAAUUAAGAAUAGAAACAUUAGCAGUCUAAUCCAAUUUCAAGUAUACAUACAUGAGCCGAACAUAGUUACAUGUAUUACGCGAUGUGAAAUGUGUACAUUAUCAGUUUUGCAUAGUAUGAAUAUUUCUUCUUCCUUA